AAUAGUGGUGUUAGUCACCGCCGGCACCGCGCCACACACAGGACGAUGCACAGCACGAGACGCGGGCAAACACACGCGUAGGGUGACGCGGUACGAGCGAGGCCACUCGGUGGCGCUCCGCCGCCGUAUCAGCAGCGGUCGCGGCAGGCGCAGGCGCCGGCACUCAGUGCCGCUCCGACACCCUGCCAGCAUGGCGGCGCCCGCGCACGACGACCCGCCCGGACCACACUCCGUCACUACCAUGCACUGGUGCGGCUGCGAGGCGUGCGGGCCGGGCUGCGGCGAGGCGCGCGCGGCCGAGCGGGCGCGCGACGAGGCGCCCGGCGGGGACGACUACUGGCGCGUGGCGCUGGCCGAGUGCGCGGCCACGGCGCUGCUGGUGCUGCUCACCUGCACCGCCACCUGCGCGCCCUCCGCCGCCGCCUCGCCGCUGCAGCGCUCGGUCGCCUCGGGCUUCGUCGUUGCAUUGCUCGUACAGUGCCUGGCGCACGUGUCGGGAGCGCAGAUGAACCCGACCGUGACGCUGGCGGCGCUGGUGUGGGGGCGCAUGUCGCGGCGGCGCGCGGCCUGCGAGGCGCUGGCGCAGCUGGCGGGCGCGGCCCUGGGCGCCGCCGCGCUGCGCACGCUGCUGGGGCUGCCCGCCGCCGAGACCUGCGCUACCGUCCCCGCUGCGUACAUCGGGCCCUUCCAGGCGGUGGCGCUGGAGGCGACGCUGGGCGGCUGCCUGGCGCUGGCCAACUGCGCGGCGUGGGACGCGCGCACCGCCACGCUCAAGGACUCCUGGCCGCUGCGCAUCGGAGUCUCCGUCGCCGGCCUCUCGCUCGUCGGCGGCGAGCUGACCGGCGCCAGCAUGAACCCCGCGCGCAGCUUCGGCCCGGCGCUGUGGAGCUCCACCUGGACUAGUCACUGGGUGUACUGGGUGGGCCCGCUCGGCGGGUCCGUGCUGUUCACGAGCGUGUACGUGCGCGUGUGGCGCCCCGCCGCCGCCCCGCCGCGCAAGCUGCCGGCGCAGCCCUAGUCCGCCGGACGCCCGGCGCCCGCCGCGCAAGCUGCCGGCGCAGCCCUAGUCCGCCGGAGCAGCUUUAUUCCGCCUAGCGAUCCCGUGGGCUGACUGCGCAUGCACGACUUGUGCGAUUAAAAUGUUGACUCAAAACAUUACUCCAAGGCAGUGUUUCUGGACGGGGCCCGUAGCCGUAGCCGUAGCCGUAGCCGUAGCCACUGCUACGCCCGCUACGUGAUUGUUACAGUUGUUGGUUGGCGAAUAUACACCAGGCGCGGUGUAUCGUUAGUCGUUAUGUGUGUGGCUACUAUUUGCUCGAACAAAAAGUUUUGUACGUAACUUGUAAAUGUGCAUAUAGCUCUGAUAUGGAAUACUUCAUCGAUGCGUGUAUAUAAACUAACGUUUUGGGUUCUGUUGCCCUGACUAGGACAUACUUCAUAGACAUUUCGUUUUCUUCAAUACGAUUCAUUGCUCGGUGAUUCAUUUGUGUAGCAUGUGAUGACGUAUUCGAUUGGAUUCGUUUUGGGUUGUUCCUGUCUACUGCAAGUGUAGGGUUCACCAUGUCAGCCGCAGAAUUACGGACAACCUUUGUAUAUAAAAAUAUUAUGCCAAGUAUAAUUAUUUUAUUGAUAAUAAAUAAAGUUUGAUGUUGGUUUUAAAGUUCGGUUUGUAUUAAGUUUUAAUUUUGAACAAAAGUAACUUCAAAUGAAUCACCCCUGUAAUGUAGUGUGUUGUAGUGUAAUUAAAUGUAAUUGUAAUGAUGCGCUAAGUACUAUGUACUAGAUGUAGAUAAAGUAUAUGUGUAAGAUAAAGACGUGUAUGUGUAUCGUGCGCUACGUGUGUCCAGUCCUCGAAGGAAGUCGUUCGUCUAGAUUUGUAUAAUCCAAAUAUAUAUUAUGUUAUGGAACUAAAUAUACGCCGGAUCUAAUUGUAAUGUAAUAAAAAACUGUUGACAAAGAUCCAGAUUUUGUGCAUAUUCCAUUACAAACUCUCACAAAAUAUUAAAUUGACAUGCAUUGCACUUGGAACCGUAUUUUUACGAGUUGCUCCCACUGAGACAUGUAAAUAUUUUUGUAGUUAUAAAUAGAUUUAGUUGCCGCGUCGCGGUGAAACAUCGUUGUGCAGCCGGUUUCAAUAUUGUUCGUAGAUUUGCUUACCAAACAUAAUUUGGCUGAAGCUUUUGCAAAAUACAAAAAAGAAAUCAUCAAAUCAUGUCUCCAUAUUGAUGAUGAUAACAUGGCAAUCAUUUCCGUGAAUGCAAUAUUGAUGAAAUUCAGAACUUUGGCGACAUUUUACAUUUUACAUUUAUUGUACUAUCAAAAGAUAUCAAACCGGCGUGUGUCCGGUGUUGUGAACAGUGGUUUAUUAUGUGUUGCUCGCCCAGCGUGCUUGAUUGAAGUCAAAGUCAUAAUACUCAAAAAUAUUUAUUUCAAAUAGACCAGGAAGGCACUUUUAAACACCAAAAGAACGUGAAAACGUUACGACCGAAGCGUCAUGUACAGCCACCGGCACAUUAUUACACGCACUCUUGUUUUUAUUCAAUUUGUAAUAGUUACAUUUAGAUUAGUUAAUGUUUAUAUUCGGUAUUUUUACGUUAAACAUAGUUAAGUGUGUUAUACAUCUAUAUUAAGGUUUAUUGUGAUUUUGGAUUUAUUUUAUUUUUUAAAUAUAUAAUUACCGUGUUGAUUAAUUUAAAAGAUUAAAA